GAAACAACAUAAUUAUGGAACGUAUCGAACAUAUCAGUGAAAUUGCGGAAGACGUUACCAUUUGUUUAGAAGGUCUGGAGUCUAUAUCGUGGGAGAUAAAGAGUUAUUUGUUUAAAAGUAAUCAGUUUGGAGAAGUUCAGGAAAUAUCAGACCAUUUGUCGCGAUUUACAUCAGAUUAUCAUCCGGAUAAGUACGAUCAUAGAGCAGCGGAUUGGUUAUUUGUGUUGAAUACCAUGAAUUUUGCGCUCUGGAAUCCAAAGGGUACCAAGCAAUGGACAGUUAAUCAAUUAACUGGAUAUCAAGCAUUGUGUGCUGCUAUCAAAAGAGCGAUUGAUAACAAUAGGCCAAUAUGGGAUCCAAAAUAUUAUACAAAAUUAACACGAUAUGGUCUCGAAAACAUUUUUAAAAGUGAUGAUGGAGAAACUAACAUUCCACUUAUACAUGAAAGACUUGAAAUUUUGCAUAAAGUUGGAACAGUUUUGUUGAGAAAAUUUCAAGGUAGUUUCAUGCGAUGUAUCCAAUUAUGUAAUCGCAAUCCAGUUAAAUUGUUACAAUUAAUUGUGCAUGAAUUCGUAUCAUAUAACGAUGCACCAUUAUGUAAAGAUGCUGGGAAAGGUAAAUAUUGCUUGAAAGUUUAUCUACACACUAAGGCUCAAAUAUUGUUAAGUGAUAUAUGGGUUUGUUUUAAGGGACAUGAACUCGGUUUUGAUUAUAAUAUAGAUGUGAUGUAUUCUAUGAUAUUCGUCGAUUCUCGAGUUUCUCAAAUUCUUCGUCAUUUUAAACUUCUUGAAUAUAGUACAAAACUCAUGAACAAAUUAGAAAACAACGAGCCGUUGGAGUAUGGGAGUACAGAGGAAAUAGAGAUACGUAGUUGCUUGAUCUUCAUUAUUAAAUUAGUAGCUAAAGAUUUGAAGUUCAUAUAUAACAAUAACAAAAUGGAAAAUAUUAGUGAAAUGAAUAUUAAUUUUUUCGUUGUAGUUAAUAAUUUCUUGUGGGAUUAUCGACAAGAAUAUGAUCAAUUACUGAUGGAAACACAACCAUUUCCAAAUAUUAAAUGUGUAUACUAUUAGAACCCCUUCGUAUCGUUAUAAAUUCACGAAUAAUUUCACUGA